CUGAUUAACAUUAAAAGGUAUCAUCGUGCACAGUGUUUUCUUCAGUUUUCCGCUCUUGUCAGGAUGAUGCGGAUCGAUGCGCAGAUGGCAAGAGCGAUAUUAAGCAGAUUGAAAAGUGUUUUGAAGGACAAGUCCACUAUUAUAACGAGUAACCUGCGGAAUCGGGUGCAACAGCAGACAACCUCGAAUGGGGCAGUCGUGAAUGCCAAAAUCGAGUCGGCACGAGAGUGGUAUGAAGAGUUUACGGGCAUCGACGAGGUCAGAAAAGCUCAGGACAAAGUAGUUUUGUCCGAGUCCAAGUUCAUUGCUGCACAAGAGGAGAGAAGAAAGGCGAACAAAAGGCUUAGCGACGUAGACACUAAACUCAGAGAAAUCUAUGGGGAGCUCGAGAGGACCAGGAGAGGAGAGGACAGAUACAUUUUUCUUGUCACACAAGAAGGCGCUCUGAUGAAAGAAAGGGACACUCUUAGUGCAGAAUUUCAGCGUUACGAACAAGAAGAACGUGAGAACUUCUCCUUCCUUUCAUCGGCGGUGAAAGAGUCGCAUGAAAAGGAGAGACUGCAGGCGGAGCGGACGAAGUACUGGUCCAUCAUAUGCUCAAUUUUGGGCACAGUGCUCGGAUGCGGUCUCAGCGCUCUCAACAACCACUACAGGCUGAAAGAGUUCCGUAACAUUUUGAACCAAGCAAUGGCAAACAAAGAGAAUGUUGAGCUCUUAGUCACAGAAACGCUUUCAGAUUCAAUAAGCAGAGAACUAGCCAAGCACAAUAAUUUAAAUUUGGCCAAAACGACUGCUGUUGCAACAGCAAGCACUGAAGAUUAUUCAAAAUACUUGGUGACCAAAGAUGAAAUUCAGAAGUUGUGUGAUGCAUUAUUGGUCAAUGUAGAGCAAGAAAAAAUUGCACAAGGGAAUAGCAAUAAUGUCUUCCAAACAGCCGUAACAGGGACAGCUUUACUUUGUGUCUCUUAUGCUUUGUUAAAGAUUUUUGGUUGAUGCCAGAAUUGCUUUUACGAUCCGUGAUGGAAUUUUCUGUCUGCUGAGACUGAUCCUGUUUUUGUUUUUUGUGUACUAGAAAUUGGCUGCAGUCAAGUUCAUCAAGUAGUCUUUUAGUCUCCCGCUGCUGAUGCACUAAAUAAUGAUCAAUAUGUGAUUUUUAUAGAAUUAAAAAUGUUACAAAUGA